UCGGGGCUCCGGUGGAGCAUCACUGGAACAUCGCUCGAGCGUCCUGACCGGCCGCCCGCCGAGCCUCCUAGAUGCUGGCACCGAAGCCGGGGAACAGCCGGUGUGGAGGUCGGAGAGCGCCAGUGCCUGAGGUCUGGCCGGCUAGUAGCGGGAAACCAGCUUCUCUGACCGAAGCUCUGGACUCUGCUGAUCCGGAGCGCUGAAGUGUGUCCGGUGCCACCCUGAUGCUCUCCUGGGAGUUGUGUUGCUCCUGGCUGAGAAAUAGACUUACCUCUUUCUUAGAUAGCGCUCCUGCGAGUGAUUUUCAGGACGCUGGAUGCUAAGACUAGACGAAUCAAGCCAAAGCCCCCGCGAGCCAGGCAGGCCGGUGUCACGGCCCUGUGAUUCUGGCAAGGGGGACCCUCUGCCUGGCUGCUGCUUCCCGAGACCCGUUCGGAACCUCUCGUGUACCUCGAAGCUCACCGUUUGUUUCCUACCAGAGAGCCUGGUUAAAUGUCCAUAAUGGCUGAGUUCUAUUUUGGAACAUAAUUUCUUUGGUUCUUCACCACCACUUUUUGGAGAGUGGUAAUGUCUUCCUCUUUUUGCUUUAGGAGAAAGACAGAAUCAUAAGCCGAAUAGAAUCUGACCAUUGGCUUUCAGCUGGCCAGGACCUUCUACCUAGCUUUCCUUUUGUGGCCCAUGUGCUGCAUCCUCUGCCCUCAGUGUGCAACUGGCCCCCAACGCAAUGUGUGUUUGUCAAACCAUGGAAGUGGGGCAGUAUGGCAAGAAUGCAAGUCGGGCUGGAGACCGGGGAGUCCUCCUGGAGCCCUUCAUCCACCAAGUAGGCGGACACAGCAGCAUGAUGCGCUACGACGAUCACACUGUGUGCAAGCCCCUCAUCUCUCGGGAACAGCGCUUCUACGAGUCCCUCCCUCCCGAAAUGAAGGAGUUCACCCCUGAAUACAAAGGCGUGGUAUCUGUCUGUUUUGAGGGGGACAGUGAUGGUUACAUCAACUUAGUGGCCUAUCCUUAUGUGGAAAGUGAGACUGUGGAACAGGAUGACACACCAGAACGGGAGCAACCUCGGCGCAAACACUCCCGCCGGAGCCUGCACCGGUCAGGCAGUGGCAGUGACCACAAGGAGGAAAAAGCCAGCCUGUCCCUUGAGACCUCUGAGAGCUCACAGGAGGCAAAGAGUCCGAAGGUGGAGCUGCACAGCCACUCAGAGGUCCCUUUCCAGAUGCUAGAUGGCAACAGUGGCUUGAGUUCUGAGAAGAUCAGCCAUAACCCCUGGAGCCUGCGCUGUCACAAGCAGCAGCUGAGCCGCAUGCGCUCUGAGUCCAAGGACCGAAAGCUCUACAAGUUCCUCCUGCUUGAGAAUGUGGUGCACCACUUCAAGUACCCCUGUGUGUUGGACCUGAAGAUGGGCACGCGGCAGCAUGGCGAUGACGCAUCAGCUGAGAAGGCAGCCCGGCAGAUGCGGAAAUGUGAGCAGAGCACAUCAGCCACGCUGGGCGUCAGGGUCUGCGGCAUGCAGGUGUACCAGCUGGACACAGGGCAUUACCUCUGCAGGAACAAGUACUAUGGCCGUGGGCUCUCCAUUGAAGGCUUCCGCAGUGCCCUGUAUCAAUAUCUGCACAAUGGCCUGGACCUGCGACGUGACCUGUUUGAGCCUAUCCUGAGCAAACUACGAGGCCUGAAAGCUGUGCUGGAGCGGCAGGCCUCCUACCGCUUCUACUCCAGUUCCCUGCUUGUCAUCUAUGAUGGCAAGGAGUGCCGGGCUGAGUCCUGCCUGGACCGCCGGUCUGAGAUGCGUCUCAAGCACCUGGACAUGGUGCUCCCUGAGGUGGCGUCAUCCUGUGGCCCCAGCACCAGCCCCAGCAACACCAGCCCUGAGGGGGGUCCCUCCUCUCAGCCCAAAGUGGAUGUCCGCAUGAUUGACUUUGCACACAGCACGUUCAAGGGCUUCCGGGAUGACCCCACCGUGCAUGAUGGGCCGGACAGAGGCUACGUGUUUGGCCUGGAGAACCUCAUCAGCAUCAUGGAACAGAUGCGGGACGAGAACCAGUAGGCCCUGUUCUGGGCCCCCAGAACCCCUUCCUCUCCACCCGCAGGCAGGGACCAUUGUUCUGAACUUGCCGUGAGGACACACAGACUUGAUUUUAAAGGGUUAUAUUUCUCUUUGGUGUAAACUAAAAGAAAUGUUUUUAGCGGUAGCCUGGAAUUCAUAUAUAUAAAGUGAAGGAGGGUAGACCACACGCCCUCUCAGCCAGGCUCCUCAGCUUUGUGGCUCUGAUUGGUGUGUCCAGGCUGCCUUAGGAAGGAAGAGGUGCCCCUGGUGGGCUUGGCAGCAGGGACAGGGUGCCCUUGGACAUUGGUUUCUCUUGUCUAGAUCUUUGAGGUCUGUGGCUGCAGGGCUCUGCUGAUUGUAGGGUAAAGCCCUGGGCUGGUGCAGGGCCCCUCCAUGCCCACUCUUCCCUUGUUCCCCAGAAGUAGAGGGCUUUGGGUGCCCAUUUCUUGGGGGCUUUCUGGUCUUAUGCUGUGGGUGUCAGCUAGCUCUUUAAUAGGUGCCCUCAGGGCACCACAGGGCUUACUGCACAAAGCUGGACCCAUCCUUGGGUCUGAUCUUAGUGUGGGGCUAGAUUAAUGAAGCUGGGCUGAGGCCAACUUAUGGCAGAGGGCAGGCCCUGGGUUCCCCAGGUACCUGUUGGCAUGUGACAGGUUGGCACCUGUCCUAUUCCUGAAACAGCCAGCCUCUCUCGCCAAGUUCCCUUGCCUAAGAAGACCACUCCCUCCUACCCCACUGAAGUGGGGGAUAGUCGGUGUCCUAGCAGGCCUCAGGGCCUCUGGUGGCUCUGGCCUAGACAGUAUUUGCAGUUCUUGUGCUAUGGGUGGGAGUGGUCUUCUUUAAGUUUCGGCAGCUGUGCUGCUGCUGGAUGGGCUGCUCCUCCCAGGGCUCAAGGGCUGUGGUCCGCUCAGGGUCUCAUUUCCCCAGGCCAAGUUCAAGGUGGCAGCUCUUUGUGAGGCGCUCUUGGCCCUGGGCCUAGAGGGAGAACUUUAAGCUUUUUUGCUCACAGGGACAUGGUAUGGGCUCUGGGUGCAGGUGCCCACAUUCUGCUAAUGAGAGCUUUGUCUGAUCAGUCCUGGGUCCAUCAGUUUGUCCAUGUGUCCAGCUGCCAGCCCCUGUCCCUCGGGAUCCUUCCUCUGGGGUGUAGCCUUGUUCAUUAGUAUAUACUCAUUCCUUCAUGCUUUCCUCAGCAGAACACUCCCACUUCUGAGGUGAGCUUUUGCCUCAUGCCCUUCCUCCACAGGUGUUGCCUUUUUAUAAAGACCUGAUAGCAGAAUAAACUGGUGGUGUUUCCCUGUUGACCCAGCACCCUUUCUGUGGGCCUAGAAUAUGGCCCUCAACACUGACAGUGGGACAGUGAGGGCUUGAGGAGUGACCCUUCCUUUCUCAUGGUUUUAGUCAUUUUGGCUGCCAGCCCUUAAUGGCACAGACCUGCUGCUUCUAAAACAGAUGGCCAGGACAUGACACAGAUUUCAGCCAUUGCCAGGGUUAGCACCCUCUCCUUUGAGCCUAGGGUCACUGUUCAUUGUCACUUUAGGCAAGUGCCUGUUUGGCAUUAAAGGUAAGCCUGCCAGCUGUGAGAGGCCUUGGUAACUGAUGGACUCAUUUCCUGGUCCUUAGAGAUGCAGCUUCUUAAGGGCUCCUUGAUGGAUGCCAUCUCUCCUAGCCCCCGGCUCUGGUGCCACUGGUGGGCAGGUUCCCAUUCUUUGGGGCUGGGAGGGACAGCUUGGCUGUUUCUGGUCAGAAAUUACGGUUUUCUCUCCUGUACCAUUCUGUGGCUUCAGCCAUGGGGGCAGUAGCCCUUCAUUAGUGUAGACUUAGUCAUUCCCUGGUAGGGUGGAGGGUAAGACAUAGGGGUCUGGAGCUGUUUGGGACCUUUUGGGGAUGUCCUGUGCCUCCCAGGUUCCUAGAUUCUGGGAGGAGAGGCUGCCACAUUCUGCUGCUCCUCACAGCGAGCAAAGGCUUCAUCCACUUACAUUCAGUAUUUUCCUGGCACUACAAAGAGUGGGAAGGCCUGGGAUUUGCUGCUGCUCCCCUAGAGCAGGGCCCCUCUUUUCAGCACUUUGGACACCUGGAGACCCAGCCCUGUUAUUUAAUGGUAGUGGGCAAGUGUGUGUGCAUACUGUCUGCCACUGCUUUCUCCCUGUCCCAUGCCAGAGCCCUCUCCCUGCCAGGCCCUGCCUUAGCCCCAACUUGGGACCAAAGUGCAACAUGGGAUCAUGGGUUGGGGUGCUCGGGUGACCCCUCUCUAUAGUGCUUCCCUGGGCCAAGCUGACACCAGCCCCUGAGGGUGGGGUGGGACGGGUGGUGCUUAAAAGAGGAAGGGGACCAGUGUAGCAAAUUGCUAGGGACCCCCACCCUUCCCUCUCUGGGCCUGUGCAAUGGGCGUGGGGAUUCCCAUCAUGGGGCCUGGCGCCUGUGCUAGUUCGGUAGCUGCUGUACACGCGCUCACUCCUGACCACAUGCACGUUCCCUAGAUGCAGAUUGCUUUGAACUUUAAAGCUGUACAAUCUGGUUAUGUUUGUGCUGACUUAAAAAAUAUUUUAAUGAG